AUGCACACGACGGACGGGCUCCUAUUCCCCCCCAGCACCCGCGCGAAGCUCACUGGCGCGAAGGGGGCUCAGCUGGCGGGGGUCAGCGCGGCGUCGCAAAAAGAGGGCUCGAAGGGGGGAGAGGGGAACGGAGAAAUCGGCGGGGAGGACUAUACAGAGGAGUACGAGGAGGACUAUGACGAGGACAUAUGGCGGCGGGAGGCGCUCCAACAAUACGACUCGUUCUACCUAUACGCUCCCGCUCCCGCUCCCGCGCCCUCCGCGGCAUCAUCAUCAUCGUCUCUUUCAGCGGGUGCCAUUGCGGGGAUUGUGAUCGGGUGCGUGGCGGGAGUUGUCCUCAUUGUGGCGCUGCUAUACUACCUGCUCGUUGCCCGCCACAACAAGGACGUGCGCGCCCUCUUCUGCUGCGAUCAGCCACUGGAAGACCCAGAAGAAUCUGCAGCCAUGGCAGCAGCGGGAGCGGCAGAAGGUGCCACCACUUCUGCUGCUGCUGCUGCUGCUGAUGCUGAUGCAGCAGGAGCGCCGUAUGCGCCCUUACCAGGAGGGGCAGGCGGGCCGAUGCAGUGCCGGCAGUACUCACUGGCGGUGCUCAAGCAGGCCACAGGGAACUGGGCGGAGGAGCAGCGCAUUGGCAGCGGGGGGUACGCAGACGUGUACCGAGCUGUGGACCCCGCAGACCCCUCGGUGGUAUGGGCCGUGAAGCGAGCCAAGGUGCUCACCAACGACUUCAAGCGCGAGAUCAAGGAGAUGGCGUCGAAGCACCACCCGAACCUGGUGCGGCUGCUGGGGUACUGUCUGGACAUGGACACGGUGAACGAGCGCAUGGAGCAGAUCCUCAUCUACCAGUUCAUGCACAACGGCGACCUCGAGCACUGGGUCGGCACCGACGCCGCGAAAACACUCACGCUGGCGCAGCGCAUGGACGUGCUGGUGGGGGCGGCGCAUGGGCUGGAGUAUCUGCACAGCUUCGGCAUCGUGCAUCGCGACAUCAAGCUGGCCAACAUUCUGCUGGACGUCCACAUGCACGCCAAGGUGGCCGACUUUGGCCUUGUGCGCAUGGGCGAGGGCACCUCCGUGUACACCACUCGCAUUCUUGGCACGCCGGGCUAUGUGGACCCUGCGUAUUCCCGCACCCGCAAGGCCACUACCGCCACUGAUGUGUUCAGCUUUGGCAUUGUGAUUCUUGAGGUCAUCACGGGGAGGCGAGCGCUUGUCAACACCGGCAGUGGCAACAGCACCAUCAAAGAAUGGGCUGAGGAGGCGCUGCAGAGCAAUGAUCUGUCGCGCCUGAGGGAUGCGCAGCUGCACCCGCCCUUGCCUGAUGACAUCCUGCUGCGAGCAGUGCGCCUCGCCAUCAGCUGCACGCUCAUGCCCACCGCCACGCGCCCCACCAUGAGCCACGUGUACAGCGAGCUGGGCGCCAUACGGCAGGAUUGCUUUGGCGUGGAGGAGAACAGAGCUGCGCACAAGGUGGAUGACGAGCUGCGCAUGGUGCAGGCACAGGUGUCCAUUCCGUUGGAAAAACAGCUUGAGUUCAUCGAGUCGUUUGGUUCCUCCAAGCCUGAAUCAUCCUCACUUGGCAAAAUGGUGUGA